CAACCGUGGAGACGCACGAUAUACAGGCACAUCCUCACACAGACACAAACACAGACGAAGGGCUCAGUCCUGCUAUGGCCUCCACCACCACCACUGCCGAGGAGAGCUCUCCAUUCCCGGCCGACAUAGCGACCCAGCAGCCCGACUUGGAAACUAGCAUAGAACCCAGCUCAGCAGUGAAGCCUGAGCCCAGCAAGGCACCAUAUGACAGAGAGGAGAAGGAGAAUGAGGAAGAGAAGGAAGGUGAAGGAGGCUCUGUGCAAGAGGAGAAGGCAAGAGGGCCAAGUUUGGACCCGGAGUGGGUGGAGGAGAGGUUCAGGAUUGACCGGAAGAAGCUGGAGAACAUGCUGUAUGCUCCACACAAUGAAAACGAUGAGACAGGAGAGCAGUUUUUUGAGAGAGUGAUGAAAGAAACCGACACUCAGGUGAAAUGGCCAUCGAAGCUGAAGAUCGGAGCCAAGUCAAAGAAAGAUCCACAUGUGAAGGUGGAAGGGAAGAGAGCCAACGUUUUGGAGGCAAAAAAGAAGAUACUGGAAGUGCUGGAAACAAGAGUGAACAAGGUGACUCUAAAGAUGGACGUGGCCUAUACAGAACACUCCCAUGUGAUAGGGAAAGGGGGAGGAAACAUCAAAAAGGUGAUGGAGGUCACAUCUUGUCACAUCCAUUUCCCUGACUCCAAUCGCCACAACUCCACUGGAGACAAAAGCAACCAGGUCUCCAUUGCUGGGCCCAUAGAGGGAGUAGAGGAAGCCAGAAGGAGGAUUAGAGACCUGCAGCCACUGUCCUUGACCUUUGACCUCCCUGUCAGCUUGGUGCCCCAGGCUCUGCCAGAUGCAAACUCUCCGCUCAUACAGCAGGUAGUUCAGACACUGGGGGUCAAUGUAAGCUUCAGGGCCGUGCCACCACAUCCCCAGGCACAACCUGCUUUCUAUGAGAGCUGCUGCACAGUGUGGGGCCUGCAGGGCAACGCAGCUGCUGUCAAGAAGGCAACUUGCAUUCUGAUGGACUUGCUGCUGGGGUCAGAGGUCACAGGCAGUGUCGUGAACAGCCAGCUGGAUGUCACCUCCCAGCAGCACAUCUUCUUAUUGGGACAGAAUGGAGCUCACUUUCUGAGCGUCAUGCAUCAGACCCAGACCCAGAUCAUCCUGCCAGACCUCAGCGCCCCCCAGAGUCCCCCCUCACUGCUCAUUCAGGGCAGCCCCGAUGGAGUGUGCCUCGCUCGUCAGCAGCUCAUGGACUGUCUGCCUGUGUGUUUGAUGUUUGACAUGCGUGAAGAUGGGGAGGCAGAUCCUUCUAAACUGGCUCAGAUGAUGCAAAACCUUGGAGUCUUCAUUAGCGUGAAACCCAAAGUAAAACAGACCAGCAAGUCAGUGGUGGUAAAAGGUCUGGAGAGGAACAUCUCCUGUCUGUAUGAGGCUCGUCGGCUGCUUCUAGGGUUGGACCCCUGUGAGACCUCCAAGGUAACCGAGAUGACUCAGGACCCUGUGUUGGCUGGCAGCGAGCUCACAAACUAUUGGCUCAACAUGCUGCUGCAGCAGCUUCGUCUCUCUGAGCAGGGCUCUGUGUCUGCCCCAACUCAAGAGUUGUUGACUGGUUCUAAGCCCCGACCCUCACCUCCACCAGGCCUCAUCCCUCCUGUUGACGAGGGCAGGACAGGACUGAAGGGAAACGACAGCCGGCCGCUUGAAAAAAUCCUUGAAAAUGAGGACCUGUCUAGCCAAUCAGAUGAUGAUAGCCCAAAGGUGAAUGUGAUGUCAUCAUCUGAGGUGUGUGAUGCAGUCAGCUACAUGGGUAGGAUGCGACUGAUGGGUCGCAGGGGGAGUCUCCAGGGACCUGAGGUUGCAAAGGUCUUUGUGCAGGGCAGACGCCAUUCAACAGGGCAGGCGCUAACAUACAGACUGCUGAAUGCAGAGAUGGAGGGGGGGAGGACCGAGCGGAGGAACAGCCUGAGGAGAGACGUGAUGCUGGCUCAGGAUGUAAUCGCUGACUCAUCCAAGGCUGAGGAUUAUGACUACGAGAAGAAGAAACUCAUGGCUACCCGAGCCAUGCAGAGGAAGCCUGUGGUCACAGAAGUCAGGACACCCACAGACACUUGGAGUGGUCUUGGUUUCUCCAAGUCCAUGCCAGCUGAGGCCGUCAAAGAGCUGCGCAACAUUAGCAGACGCAGCUACAAACCCUACCUGAGCACCAUCAACAGCCAGCAGCCGACCCGGGCUGCACAAGGGGGAAAGGUGUGUAACGGCAGCGACUCUGAUAACUGGAGAGACCGACGUGGAUCCACACCUUCAUCCUUGCCUGUGUCUUCCUCCUCCUCUUCUUCAUCCUCUGCUUCAUCCUCCCCUUCUUCACCCCCACCUACAUUCUCCUCAUCCUCGUCCUCCUUCCUUGCUUUUGCAUCCUCCAAUAGAGGCAGAAAUGACAAACCCUCUGAGAGCUACUCAAACGGCUACUUUGAAAGUGGGUGUUCAUCGCGGAGGGCGUCAACCUGCAGUCAGCGGAGCCCCUCUCCCCAAAUGAUGGACAACUUACCUGAGCUGCUUAGCCAGCUCGGCCUGAUCAAAUACAUCGACGUGUUUGAACAACAAGAGAUUGACUACCAGACAUUCCUCACUCUGUCUGAUGAAGACCUGAAGGAAGUGGGCGUCUCCACAUUCGGAGCCAGACGCAAGAUGCUAUUGGCAAUCUCAGACCUAACCAGGAGCAAGAGGAGGCUGUCAGAUACGCCCGCAGUGAAGCCGGGGUACCUGGAGGGCGGAGCUAGUGGUCGACUACCCCGAAUCAUGGACCUAGAAGUUGCUGCUCAGAGUAAUCGCUGGUGAGAGGAGACGCCAACCAGCUCUGAGUGCCAUCUGACUGUCAUGGAGAUUAUAAGGCUCUAUGAGAAUUUACAGAGAUGCUAUUUCCAGAGCAGAAGUUUAAUUUGUUUCUUAUUAACCAUGAAUGCAUGAGCAUGAAGAUGCCCCAAAGAGCAGCAGAGACUGAUUAAACAUUUGACUUACAGCAAUUGCCCAAAGGUUUUUAUAGAGAAUGAAGACAAGGAGGUCUCUUUCUUUCAAACCUCUGAUACAACAAGACGGGGCCACACUGAUCUUUUGUGGUGUCUUUUAUCAUCAUAAAGUGCCUUCCAUUAGGGGAACUAUCACUUCUAUGCUUUUAUCAUGUGUUCUUUUAACCACCACAUUUAUGCAAUUGUACAUAGAGAUUUACAAAGAUAAAUUACACUGUAUUUUGGUAGUGAUUGAUGUUGAAUAAAAUGUUGACCAUAGUGU